UCCAUAAAUUCUGCAUUCUAGAUGGCCAGCUUCAACAAUAUAUCUCUCUCUCCCAGCCUUUUUUCACUGAAGCAUAUCAGAGUUAGUUUAGCAAAAUGUAAAGUUUCUGUAAUUUUCCCAAACCGUGCUCCCAAAAAAGCGGCAUAUGACAACUGUACUAAAUGCUGGCUAAAAGUGAUUUAAGACUAACACAUGACUUAUAACUUACAUACUGAUUAUAAUUAUUUUUCAAAAUAAUUAGAAGUCAAACCCAUUAAUUUAAAAAUUAGAAAAGUUAUGUAAUUUCCAACAGUGGGGUCUAGGAAAUGGAGCAGCCAAAGCACACAGGUGUGUUUGACUGUAAAAAUGAAAAGUAAAAAAAAGCAAAAAAGCCUGGGGAAUCAGAGGUUCUAGUUAAAAUGACAUCUGUCUCAAUCCCCAAAGACCCUGUCCAUGUUUUCUUUGUUUGGACAAGGAAGAAUUAAAAAAAGAAAAAUAAAAUUAAAAGAGGGCAAGAAUAUUAUUAAGAACAAUUUAUAUUCCAAGAUUAAGUAACUCAUGCCUCGUAGACAGACACAGAUGCCAUUGCAGUUACUGUUGUGAAUGUAGGUAUCAUUUCAGGCUCCAUUUCUUCUGCAGAUACCAUUAUAAAUUAAGAUUCCAUGGCAGAGGGACAGAUAUCUGCAGAUGAGUACCCCAAUGCAGUUACCAUCACGCAUACCAUUUGUACCUUGCAUCUAAGCUCUGUCUUCCAGCACCCAGGCAUGUUGUGUGACCAUCUGCACAGGUUGAAGACGUUCCUCCUACCUGACUUCCAAGGCAGAAUAGUGGACACUCCUUUGAGAGCAAAGGCUGCAACUCCAACGCAGAGAUCUGCACCAUCUACCCUGUCUACUGCCAGUGCCUCCAUCCAGACCCAUUUACUCCCCACAUAACAACCUGUAAGGCAGCAUAAUCUGCUCCCCAUAUAACAAUCAACACCACUAAGAAGAGGGUAUCAGUAGGAGGAGGCUCUCUUCUGAGAGGUAUGGAGACACUAUUUACUGGCCUGCUGCACUCUCUAGAUUAUGCGGCUUACCAUGGAUUUGUACCAGAUAUCUCACUGAGAACUACUAUGCCUUGCACAGUCCACCAUGAACUGCUGCUGUUGUUUCAUGUGGGUGUCAGUGAUACAGUCAAGAGCAGUCUGAGCACCAUCAAGAAGGAUUACAGAGCCCUGGGAGCAGCAGUAGCUGCUGACUCUGGAGCACAUGUAGUUAUUUCAUCAAUCUUCCCAGUCAAAGGGAAUGGGUUUGAAAGAGCCAGUUGAAUCUGGAGAAUCAACAAAUGGUUACAGGACCGGUGCCACAGUCAGGGGUUUGUUCAGACUUGGUCUGAACAACCUGGUCUACUGGGGGCAGAUGGAGUCCAUCUGUCAAAAAAAGCAAAGAGCAUCUUCAUUCACAGACUUGCCAUGCUGGAGAAUAGGGCUUUAAAUUACACUUGCUGAGGAGAGAGCCUCAGUCCAUCUCACUCCUAUCACAGACAGCAGUAGAUGUCCUGAGCCUCAAGGCAUCCUGGUCCAGAUGGGCCUGCAUCCAGAUGCAAGGGCUCCUCCAGCAUCAUGGGCAUAGAGUAAUUUUAUUACCAUCUCAGCCCCUUCUCAGAAGCUGUGGCCAAUGCUCCUGCCCAGUUCCUCUCCAGAAGGCAAUGGAAUUGUUUUCUGCAAGGGCUCCUGAAAAUCAUAAGGGGAAAACUGGCUUGAGGAGCAGAACAAGCAGGAUCCAGUGCCGACUGCAGUGGGCCACAACCAUUUGCUGCUGAGGCAACGCCUGUUCAUCUGAAUUGACAUUUUGCAAGGAGAGGUGGUGAUGUGGCAGUGCAGCCAAAGCAAGGGCAAUGCAAAAGGACAGGAGAUGGGUUUAGCUGCUCAGGAAACCACAGCUUCCUUCCUACAACUGCAUGUGCUGAUAGAGGGCUGGGCAGCUCCCCGCUAUCACUGUCCCAGAGCACUGCCUGGUCUGUGGGCAGGAGGAGGCAGAGCAGCAGGAGAGCCAACACUGGAAGAUCUGCAGUUGUCUCCCUCCAGGCCAUGCAGGUCCUUAUCCUGACCGUGAUCACUCUCCUGGCUCUGCUGCCCCCAGCCCAGCUCUGCACCUCAGAGAUGAACAAGGUCAAAGACCUUCUGGAGGUGAACUGCACGGGGCAGGCUCUCAGCACAGUGCCCCCGGACCUGCCUGCAGACACAGGCAUCCUGCUGCUCAGUGACAAUCGCUUGGAGUCCCUCUCCACCACUGCCUUUCUUCUUCUCACCCACCUUGAAGACAUCGACCUGACCAAUAAUGGGCUGGUGGCUCUGCACACGGGAGCUCUGCUGCCAUCCCUGAAGGAGCUGACCCUGUCCCACAAUGCACUGGCAGCCCUGCCUGCCCUGCAGGGCCUGCCUGCACUCACCCACCUGGCUGUGGCCCACAACAGCCUGGAGACACUGGCCCCAGGGGCUUUCCGCACCGUGCCACAGCUGCAGAACCUGGACUUGCGAGGGAACAAGAUGCAGCAGCUGCCCCAGGAGGCUUUUGCAGGGCUGAGGGCACUCAGGGAGCUGGACCUCUCAGACAACCUCCUGAAGGAGCUACCCAAGGAAUUGCUGCAGGAUCUACAAAAGUUGGAGACCCUCUGGCUUUCAGGGAAUCAGCUGCGGACCCUGCCCACUGACUUCUUCCCAAAGGGGCGCCUCUUCAUGUAUGUUUUCCUCACUGAGAAUCCCUGGCAUUGCAACUGUGACCUGCACUACCUCCAGACCUGGAUUCAGAAGAAUGCUGACAUUGUUUAUCAACCGGAGCGGGGCCUGGAGGAAACAAAGGUGGAGGUCGCACCUGAGAAGGUACUGUGCCACAGCCCUGCUGAGCAUAGGCAGAAACCCAUCAUUCACUUCAAGCUUAACUGCAGCAUCAUGGAGGAUGCAGAUGAGGAAGGAGGGGAUGAAUAUAAUUAUGGGGAAGAAACAACAGAGAAAGCUACCAUGACCACCUUCCUCCUACAUCCAUUCAUCCCCAAAGAGCACACUACUAUGCCCUAUGCUGUCACCUCAUCUUGCCUUCCUACCCUCACUACCACAAGAUCUCCCCUCAACAAACCUUCCUUCAGCACCCCUCGUACCUCCACCAUUUCACCAAGCACUUUGCUUGUGGUAAGGACAAGCAUCAGAGCUCCCAGCACCACCACUCUUAGACCAGUCAGUCCCACCAUGACACCUACACAGACCCCCACCAUUCUCACUGCUGCUACCAUCAUCACCCUGCACAGACCUCCCACCCUUGACAAUGCCACCUCACUGCCAAUGACUAUGAGCAGAAGCCCUGCUAGCACCAAUGGCCAUCCCCAAACCAUCCUUGCUGCCAGCACUAUCUAUGGCAGUCUCAUGGGGUCCACCACAGCGGUGCCUUCUACAGCCAUGAGUAAGACCUCUUCCAUUGUCAGAUCCCCAUCUCCUCCUCUGAUGUCGGCCGAUACCAUGCUUUCCACUCAGGCCCCAACACUACCACCUCUCCUGGACACCACACACUUCAUCCAGCCUGCGUGUUCCCCCCUACCUGCUCCUCCUCCCAUCUGCCCAUGCUCCAUCCCAGGACAGGCUGUAUCCUUGCUGCAUUUGCAGGCUGGCGGGGACAGUCCGCAGUGGGGGCCAUGGAUACUGAGGCACUGCUGCCUGUUGCACUGGGUGCUCUACCUGGCUUCCUUGGCUCUGCUGGUUCUGACCAUGCUGGUUUUAGCAGGUUGGCUGGCAUGGAUGUGUCUGGUGGGACAACCCUCCUGGCACCAGUCCCUGCAGAUCCAAAACAUGUGGUAUCCACUGCUGGAAGGGAGGGAGUCAACAGGAAACCCUAUGAUGCAUCUCAGCAGCUUCAAAAUCCCCCUCCAGCGACCCACAUUCUGUACAAUCAAGGAUGUGGAGUUGUGCCCUGAGGUUACCUACUGCACAAUUAAAGACCUGGGGAUACGGCGCAAUCCUCCUGCAAGUUACUCCUUCUGCACCACAAAGGAGUUGUGGGUUCACCACAGUCCUCUGCAGACAUCAGUCAAGCCUUUCUCCAGGAACCUGAUGGUCACAGACCUUGGCUUCCUGAGGACCCCAUCUGCUUACAGCCUAGACAGGGGUGUAGAGGCCAUCAGUGAUGUCAGAGUGAAAUAUGCAGGUAACACCAUGUAAACGUUUCUGUACACUCAGAGAAAGAGAUCGAGAGUUGUGGCUCUGCUUUAUAUGUUUUGUUUUAAAAGGGAAAGAUCUACUUGCCUAGGGGGAAGCCAAUCAGCUCCUUCCUCUAGUAUUGUCAAAUAGCCAGAGGUUUCCAGAGCUAAAAUAAUUCCUUGGGUAUAUGGCAGAGGAAAAUGAUGUCUUAAACUGGUCAGUGAUAGUCUGGGUCUGCCACUGCCUAGUUUUGGAAUGAGUGAGGGCAAGUAGAACUUACGUUGUGCUCAGUUGCAACUGCUUCUGUUCAAAUUAUGCACACAAAAAUGCAAUACACUUUCCACUCAGUGGCAGGUUCUUGAUCACAUAAUAAA